AUGCCGAAGCGACCAGCUACGAAAACUCCCUUCAAUGCUGCUAAGAGAUCACAUGUGGCAUUUAUGUUGGACCUGAAAUUGGAUAUUGUAAAAAGACAUGAACACCGAGAAGGAACGUCAGUGAUUGGGCGCGUGCACGGCUUAGCUCCCUCUACGGUGCAUUUUAUAGUUAAAAAUGCCGACAAGAUCAAGGAGAUGGCCAGGUCUGCAACACCACUGACGGCUACGAAGGUGACGAGGUUUCGUGAUGCUGGAAUGGAGAGUAUGGAGCAGAUGUUGAGCACGUGGAUUGAUGACCAGACCCAGCGCCUUAAAACACCUUUAUCGCAAUGCAUGAUUCAACAGAAGGCAAGAUUGCUGUGGAAAGAUAUAACUAAAGAUAAACCCAACGUACCUGAGUUCAGUGCCAGCCGUGGAUGGUUUGAUAGAUUUAGGAAACGUAUAUCAAUCCACAACCUAAAAAUGCAAGGAGAAUCGGCUAGCGCCGACCAUGAAGCAGCAGAGAAGUUCCCACCAUUUCUCGCAACCAUAAUUAAGGAGGGUGGGUACAGUCCUAAGCAAGUCGUCAACCUGGACGAGACCGGACUCUUCUGGAAGAAAAUGCCUUCACAGACCUACAUAUCUAAGAAGGAAAAGACCUCACCAGGAUUCAAAGUUGCCAAGGACCGCCUCACUCUAUUGAUUGGUGGAAAUGCUGAGGGUGACCUGAAGUUAAAGCCUCUCCUUGUGUACCGGUCUGAAACACCCCUUGUUCUGAGGGGGGUUGCGAAGGGACAAGUUCCUGUCGUCUGGCGUUCAAACAGUAAGGUGUGGGUGACAGGGUCUGUGAUGCACGACUAUAUGUUCAACUAUGUGUCCGGUCGCAUUAGUCGCUAUAAUAAGGAAAAUGAUUUUGAUGAUAAAGCUCUGAUGAUGAUUGACAAUGCACCAGGUCAUCCACCAGCUAUGGUUGACUGGUGUAAAACAUUAAAGUUGUGUUUUUGCCUCCCAACACACGACUUUGCUGCAACCUAUGGACCAGGGCGUCAUCUCUACAUUCAAGGCGCUCUACACUCAGCGUAUCAUGGAGCAGUUGAUUGA